CAUUAGUGUUUUGUUUUGUUUUGGUAGUGCUUUUAUCCACACACUGAACACAAUCGUAAAUAAAUAUGACUUUACUCCACAUUCUUAUCUGCUAGUAACUUCGUAACUGGAUGAAUCAUGCUAGAUUCUUUUAGUGUCUCCUAUUUUUACAGUGAACUUUGUCUAACUCAUCGGUUGGUAACAGAAAAUGUGAUGUGUAUGAAUGUUUCUUGGAACCAUUGAAACAGUGUUUCUUCAGAGCCUAUUGUCCGCUCGCAAAGUGUUAUUUCCGAGGAUUAACGGAGAUUUUUUCAGUUCUUAAAACUUUAGUCGUUCAUUUUACAAUUUGACCAAAUGGAUCCCAAUCCAGAAAUAAUGACACAGCCAGCAGACGAUAGCUCAAUUGACGGAAUGAUGGUACCGCAGAACACACCACCUGUAGAUUCUUCCGAUAGAAAGAAUCUUCAGAUCUUUCCUAAAGACAGGUGGAACUUUGUGCUAAUUACAUUCUACUUACUGGGCAUUGGAAUACUACUACCUUGGUUCUUUUUUCUAACGGCAUACACUUAUUGGAUGUACAAAUUCCGGCUCCUGCCUCAGAAUGACACUCUCCUUCAUGAUAUUCUUGGUGACGAUGAUGAUAUCUCAGAUUUGCAAACAGUUUUCAUGGGAUAUUUAAGUCUGGUAGCAACCAUGUCAUCAACUGUGACAUUGUGUAUCUAUCCGUUUGUCGGCCGCAAAUUUUCUCUCAGUUCUAAAAUGUAUUUCUCUCUCUUCAACAUGUUCCUGCUAUUUGUCAUCACAACUGCUCUAGUGAAAGUUGACACUGAUCAUUGGCAAGAUAAUUUUUUCUACUUAACACUGGGAACAAUCAUGCUUCUUAACUUUUCAUCAGCAAUUCUUCAAGUUACCAUCUUUAGUGUGGCCUCACUGUUUCCUCCAAGAUACAUCAGUGCGAUCAUCACAGGAUUAGCUAUUGGAGGUGUGUUUGCGGCUAUUGCUCAAAUAGUGUCCCUGUGGGUGGGUGCUUCAGCAACUGGAAGUGCAUUUGUGUACUUCAUCAUCGCAGAUGUCUUCAUUGCCUUAUCUUUCAUCUGUUUUUUGAUUACGCAAAGGACGAAAUUCUUCAAAUUUUAUCAGUCACAGUCUAAUUCUGCACCAGGGGGAUCUAUUCAGUAUGAGCAGUUGCCCUCUCUAAGUAACACAGGAUCUUUAGUCAUCCGUAGAGUUGAUUACACCGUCAUUAUGAAAAAAAUCUGGAUUUGCGCAUUCUCCGUUUGGAUGUGUUUCUUCGUCUCGAUAUCAUUAUUCCCAAGUGUCACAGUUACCGUUCAGCCUGUCUCUGAAAGAGGAAAUGCUUGGACUGAUACCUAUUUCCAGCCUGUCAUAACGUAUCUUCUUUAUUCUUCAUGUGACUGUUUGGGGCGUAUGCUUGCCGGCAUAAUUCAUUAUCCCACAAAAAGUGACUGGAAAGCUGGGACGUUCGCGCUUCUCAGAACAGUCUUCAUCCCUCUGUUCAUGUUUUGCAAUGCCCAGCCAAAAACGGGAAGACAACAUUUGCCUGUACUGAUCGCGUCUGAUGUUUGGUAUUCCGUGAUCACAGUACUUUUUGGUCUGUCUAAUGGAUAUCUGGCCAAUAUAGUCAUGAUCAUUGUGUCAAAGACUGUGGAUCCGCAUGAACAGGAAGUAGCCUCAUCUUUCAUGACAGCUUUCCUGGGAACAGGUCUUUCUAUGGGCUCAGGACUUGGUCUCCUAUGGGUCCGACUUCUCUAAGAUCGAUCUUAAGUGAGCUGUUGAGCAUUUAUUCAUUGUCUUCUCAUUUUUACUCGCUUAGUUUUUAAAUUUUUAUACCUGAUCUGUUUUUGAACGUCCCCUCUAUUUUAAAUUAGGACCUAAGAAAGUUUUAGCAAUGACAACUUAUUUUUUUCUAUCCCUGUAUUUUUGUUAGUCUCUGCUUACAUGAUUGAAUUAUUGAUGAGUCGUUUUAUCUCCUGACUAUUACAUUUAGGUUUUUCAUUGUUAAGUGUGUGUUUUAUCAGGAAAUGAUGUUUGUACCUUACUAACCCCUAAGUUCUGAGCUAAUUCUCAAUUUUAAAAAAAAAAGAAAUGUUUUAACAUUUCUUGUGGGGUCGAAGAGACUGAUAGCAAAAAUGGUUUGUAACUUGUCAAUCUUGAUCGACGAAUCAUCUUCGGCAAAAAAUUUGGCUCAACACUUGGGCAACUGUCAGAGUCUUCUGUCGUAAUUCAGGCAAUCAGAGUAGUUUCAAUGGCUAUGUUUCUUUAUGAAUUAAGUUGAAUCUAUAAUGUUUCAUGUUGAGCUUAUUGGAAUUCUUCAAUACUCAGUAAUAUAAUGCUUCCGUCGAAUGAUUCCAAUUAUGUUUUCUGAGCGUAAUGGGAGGUGCAAUACCCUGCAGCAAAAAGACUUAAGGCAGUAUUAUCUUUUUUGACUUUUUUCUUUUACUGUAAUUAAAUAGGUUUUAACAUCAACUCCCAUAAAAUCAAAAUAGACCAAUUAUGAUAGGAGAAAAACGAGUAUCUGCAUGAACAUUUUCUGAAUUUUCCCCUCAUUAUUUUUCAAGGAAAACGAGCUGAAUUUGUUAUUUCAAAUGUUCAUAGAAUAUCUUUCACACAGAAAAUGAAAAAUUGUGGAAAUUUGCAAGAGAUGACGUUGCUUUGUUUUUCAUGAAAUAAAAUUUGAUGGGAGGUAUUGAUGGCUGGGGAACAAUAUCGCUUAGCUGCAAACGGAUGAUUUUACAUGACAAAGAAGAGACUGUCAUUUUUUUAAUUUUGAAGUUAGAUUUUUCAAUUUUUUUUUUAAACAUUACAGCACCACUUUAGCAUUCAUAUGGGUCAUUGGAAAAAAUUAAAAAAUCACCUUGUGUAUUUUAUACCGGCAAAGUUACUUUCUCAUUUUAAUCAAAAUUGUCUGUUAAGCGGUACUGUUCCUUAGCUCUCGAUAUGCAAUGAGAUAAUUAAACAAAUUUAUUUCCAGCUUCAUCAUUGAUAUCCAAAUCUCACAUUCAACUGCUUCUCAUAUUGAAUCUAACCUGUGAUAAAAUUAGUGGCAUAUCCUGAUAAGUCCCUGUAUUAUAUUAGAUCCUUAGAAAUUAAAAAGUGAAAUUACUCUUAACGUAAUAUUGCAAUUCAUUUAUUUUGUGUCAUACUCAUAGUGAUAGUUUAAUGUUUACCUGUGCAUGCUCUGCAUAAUUGUUCAAGAAAGUUACGUUUUUGAGGCUGAGUGAUAUCAAAUUGUGAUUACAUGUAAAUUUCGAUUAUUGCUAUUAAAAUUUGUUCCGACCUUACUUUUUAUCAAUAAAAUUUUAUGUUUUCUUUUA